AUGUACGAAUCUGUUGAGCAAGGAAAUUUCACCAAAGUUCCUAUAAUCAUAGGUCACAAUUCUGAAGAAACUUGUGCAUAUGCCACCGAUCUUACAACGGCUCAACUGAUCGCAGAUAGUUUCCAAGAUAACCCACAGUUACUAAUGCCCAAUAUGCCUUUAAUAGAUGGUGCUGAUCCUGUUAAAAUAGGACAAGAAAUAAUCGAAGAAUAUGUAGGAAAGAAUGGAUCAUUUAAGACAGAUUUAGCAGCUUUCUUUAACUGGUGGAGCGAUGAAGUAUUUGUAAGAAGCGUAUACAAACAUGCCAUUCUUCAAUCAAAUUUUACACCGGUAUACAUGUAUCAGUUUUCCUACUACGGUACAAAAAGCAAACCACAUCCUAAUAUACCAGGAGCUGGCAAGGUUGGACACGCUGAUGACGUGGCUUAUCUGUUUAACAUUUCAUCGUUUCCUAUUGAAACAGAUAGUGAUUUCCUAGCCAGGCGGAGAUUAGUAAAAUUAUGGACUAAUUUUGCCAAGACACAAAACCCAACUCCUGAUGAUGAAACUUCUGAAAUCCUCGAAAAUGUAAAAUGGGAAGUAACGACACCGGACAACGUUAGAUAUUUGGAUAUUGGUGAUGAUUUGGUCAUGAAACCUAGUAGAAAG